GUUUCCAUCUCCCUAUAGGGGAGAUGUCGAUCACUCUUGACAAUGUCUCCACUUUACUUCACCUUCCGGUACUGGACAAUUAUGUGAUUUGGAGGAGUUGGAGUUUGAGGAGGCUCGUACAACCCUUGUAGAACUGCUUGGCGUUGAUGGUGGCGCAGCUGGUGCUGAGAUGGAGGAUGCACGUGGUCCGAAAGUCAGACUCAGCUGGCUAAGAGAGAUAUAUGUUCAGAGGUGUCAGUCGCAACAGUGGGACUAUGCUGCCAGAGCAUAUCUGUUGCAUCUAGUAGGAUGCACGAUUUUCGCAAAUAAAAGUGCCAGUUCUAUACGGGUGUCUUACCUAUUAUUAUUUAGAGAUGUACACGCGUGUGGUAGAUAUGCUUGGGGUGUUGCUGCACUUGCCCAUUUGUACGACCAACUCGGGGAUGCGAGUUUGGCUUCCACGAAGCAGAUGGCUGGAUUUCUGACUUUGUUUCAGAGUUGGAUAUACGAGCAUUUCCCUACCAUGGGAAGGAGGCGGUUGGUGUCUUCUUAUGAUGAGACCACACCACGUGCGGCUAGGUGGCAGAGCCCUCGACAGAGUUCGACUCUUGCAGAGAUUCGGUCGCAGUUGGAUGGGCUGACAUACAGUGGAGUUGUGUGGCAUCCAUAUGAGGGACAUCGGGGCAUUCGUCCAUUCUUUGGCAUUUGUAUGUAUUCUGGAUGGAUUCGGAUUGGUGACACCCUUUCCCGUCAUUUGCCUGAGCGUGUGAUGAGGCAGUUUGGGUUAUACCAGGAGAUUCCACGACCACCCACUGCCGUUGCAGAUGCAGAUGUAGUCGCUGUUGAUUAUGCGUGGUUGCACUUCAUGAAUCACGUUAUUAUGAAUGGGAGACAGGCUUCAUACCCUUAUGAAUGUGUCGAUGGAUACAUACAGUGGUUUAGGAGGGUUUCACAUCCGUAUAUUAUUCCUGCUCCACCUAACGCCAGACCGGCUCUUGCGCCUACACAACGCCCCGAUGUUGCACAGGAGGCACGACCCCAUCGUAGAUCCUCUCCACCUUCACCAUCUGGCGUCGUGGCUAGAUUUAGGCGAAUGGCGAGAAUGUUACAAUCGUUGAUAUCGUGUCGUCAUGUGACCGAGGGUACUGUUGCACAUCAGGUGUCGGUGGACCUGCUUCAGAUUGCUAAUGAGGGCAUCGACGAAUAUUCUCCAACUAGGAGAGGGCAGAGGCAUGUGCGUGGUAGACGAUCGACGUCUAACUGA